AUGCCUCCUAAAGCUUCUUCUGCAAAGAAAAGCUCCAGCGAGAGCGAGCCCGCCAAAGCCAAGCUGCCCAAGCUCCCGACAGAGUUUAUUUUACGGCCAUCGCAUGCGGGACCGAAAAACACAGCGGCCGUCUACGUCUCUCCCCAGAUACUCACUAUCACAGGGUGGUCUGCAGGAAAUUUUGUCAAAAUCACGCGAGGACUCUCGGACGUCACUCUGUUGUUGCAAACUUGGAAGCCAGAAGAAGAGGAUGUGUAUGAUUUGAACGUGAUUUUGAUGUCGCAGGAGUAUUUACAAUUGACCCAUUUUCUGCUCGGAGAAAGAGUGGAGCUGAAAAAAGCAACCUCGCAACCACCUUAUGCAUCGGAAAUCCAUGUAAACGUUCAAGAGAACACUGAUGAGACCAUUAUACGGUCAAAGCUCAUUGAUAUCGGCCUGGUGUACGAAAAUUUGACCACAUCCGAUUUCCAAGUAGCUCAGAUAGUCAAUGUGGAUGCUGUGACGGAUUCGCUUGAUCAACUAUCUUUGCAGGACCAGAGCAGAAAGAAGACAUUGCGACCAUUUUUGCUGCACCAUAAGACCACCAAAAUUGAGUUUCACACCGUCCAACAGCUGCAGCCACCGUCUGCCCCAUACAGCUACUCCAAGAUUGGUGGUCUACGCAAACAAAUCGAGACUCUCAAACGAACCAUAGAUAUCCCGUUAUUCCGGCCCGAUAUAUUUCAGCGAUUUGGGAUCGACCCUCCGCGCGGUGUGCUUCUCCAUGGAAGCUCAGGCACCGGCAAGUCUUUACUGCUCAAGAGCGUCGCGUUCGAGUCGCAGGGAUGUCAUGUGAUCAAUAUCAGCGGCCCGUCGAUAGUGUCGAAAUACCUCGGUGGAACAGAGGAAAAGCUGCGUGAGUACUUUAAAGAGGCCAUGAAGUACCAACCGGCCAUCAUUCUGAUCGACGAGAUCGACUCGCUAACGCCCAGCCGCAAUAACGAGGACGUUUCUGAGGUUGACACUCGUGUGACUGCCACUCUUUUGAUGGCUUUGGACAGCAUUGACGGGGCGGUUGUUGUGAUUGGAGCUACCAACAGAAUCAACUCCAUUGACGCCAGCCUAAGACGGCCAGGCCGAUUCGACCAGGAAAUCGAGAUUCCUAUUCCCGAUGCCGAGAGUCGAUACGAUAUUCUUUCGACACAAUUCGCAGCAAUGAAGGGCCAACAUGAACUCACGGACAGCCAGAUAAGAGUCAUUGCGAACACUACACACGGAUACGUUGGAGCAGACCUGGUUUCCCUUUGUCGAGAGUCAAUUCUCAAGUGCAUUUCUCGUGGACUUACUACCCACCAAGAAAAUCAAAAAGUUUCGUUUGCAGACGUGGAGGAGUCAAGGAGCGAGAUCCAGCCGAGCGCUAUGCGGGAGAUUGUUUUGGAGAUGCCUAAAGUGAGCUGGGACGAUAUCGGUGGUCAGGAGGUGCUGAAACGAAAGCUCAAGGAGAUGGUCCAGCUUCCGUUGACGGCAGCAAACACAUUUAGACGACUGGGAAUCUCUGCUCCCAAGGGACUGCUUCUUUAUGGCCCGCCUGGAUGUUCCAAGACUCUGACCGCCAAGGCUCUUGCGUCAGAAUCUGGGCUGAAUUUUCUGGCCAUCAAGGGACCGGAGGUGUUCAACAAGUAUGUUGGUGAGUCUGAGAGAAAAAUUAGAGAGAUUUUCCAUAAAGCCAGAACGUCUGCUCCAUCAAUUAUUUUUAUUGAUGAGAUCGACGCCCUGGCUACAAAUAGAGACAGCGAAGACGCCGGAAACGUUUCUAGACAGGUGCUGAACUCGAUGCUGAACGAGAUAGACGGUGUGGAAGAGCUCAAAGGCGUGAUAAUUAUUGGUGCUACCAACAGGCCAGACUCAAUAGAUCCUGCUCUUUUGCGUCCUGGACGACUCGACAGACACGUCUAUGUUGCGCCGCCCGACAGACACGCUAGGAAGCAGAUUUUGGAGAAAAAUACAGUCCACUUUAACCUUCCGAAUCGCGUGUUGCUAAUCGAGAAGCUGAGCGACCUGACCGAGGGAUUCUCUGGGUCUGAGACCGUGUUGCUAUGUCAAGAGGCCGGUCUAGCUGCCGUUAUGGAAAAUAACGAUUGCCAGCAGGUGGAAGAACGUCAUUUCAUGACCGCUCUUAACGACAUUAGCAAAAACAUCACUCCAGAGAUGCUCGAGUACUACACAGAGUUUGGAGAAAGAUAUAGGGCUGUGUAA